GAGGCACAGGCACAGAGCAGCAGCAGUUGCACCAGCAUGGCAGUCAGCAGUUCAGUCCAGUCUUGCAGUGAGUAGCGACGGGUGCAGUCCUAAGCUAAAAUCCCCUAUAGGUCCCCCCCAACUCCCCCCCUACUUACUUUGUUUUCUUUCUCCUUUCUGGAGCACCACGUCUUUUGCUUUUCAGACAUCCGGUGUGUGUUGUUGUUGUGCGUUGAACUAUCUAAAAAACGGUCCAUCUGCAAUUGAAUGCAGGGCGCUAAUAAGUGAGUGGAACUUCAGCUCGAGAGAGAGAGAGAGUCGUUCACUUUUCCGCAUUCCAACAGUGUGUGUGUGUGUCUGUGUGUUUUGUGUGUUUUCGGUUUGCACGCAAAUAUCCCGAACGUUUUCCUUUGGGUUUGUCCUGAAAAAUUGUUGGGUUCAAGAACCGUUUCUUUUGGGUUGUUGCUGUUGCAAUCUGGAGAAUAUCCUUUGCUGCCUCUUCCGCCGACGUCCCGUAAAUGUCUCAUCGCCGCCAACGGUGACCGCGCCAUCACAAAGCGGAACAACUGGAAUUAUUAGUCGAGUCCCUUUGAAACGGACGAAUUGAAACUUGGGCCUCAACUCCUCUCUGCUGGUUGAUGGUGAAAGCAGAGGUUCUUUCCAUCGACACUGCGCGUGUGAUGUACUCCUCUUUUUGGCUUGGCGCUUCAAGAGCAGAUGUCAGUGAGACCAACUAGGACGCUCAAGAUGGGAACUGAACGAAACUGUGUUUGUCGCGAUCUCACUUGACCCCGUUGGAAGGAGGUUAUAGACUUCUCUUGCCCGCUAUCUCCCCGUUACCAUUUAAUGUGAACCAAGUGCUUUAAAAGAAGACUCUCGGCGAUAAUAGACACGAAAUUCAGCUAAUUCCGUUCAAAAAGAACCAGACUCUGCAAUUGUUGGUUCAGCAAGUUUGACUUUUUCAUCUUGGAGUAAAAAAAAUAUUAGACAAAUUUGGGCUGCCAAAAGUUGAGCAGUUAUUUGACUGUGAAAUUCAUUUGACUUGUGUGAAGAUGGGGGUACACACUCAAGGUGAGAGUGGGUUCUUCGACGAGGAUCCAGACGAGUUGUCGGCCAUGGUGCAAAACGAAACCAUAGAACAGCACGAAACGGCCAACGCCAGCAACACAGUUGUUAACCUGACUGGACGAGGCCGGGUGGACAUGUCCAACUUCGAGUUGCUGAAAGUCCUUGGAACAGGAGCUUAUGGGAAGGUGUUCCUGGUCAGGAAACGAGGUGGCAACGACCACGGAACUCUAUACGCAAUGAAGGUGUUGAAGAAGGCUUCCAUUGUCCAGAAGAAAAAGACGGCCGAGCACACCAUGACGGAGCGUCAAGUUCUUGAAGCAGUUCGACAAUCUCCGUUCCUAGUGACUCUUUAUUACGCCUUCCAAACCGAUGCCAAGCUCCACCUCAUUCUUGAUUACGUUAGUGGAGGCGAACUUUUUACUCAUCUCUACCAGCGGGAAAGAUUCGCAGAAAACGAAGUGCGGAUCUACAUCGCCGAAAUCAUUAUGGCGCUCGAGCAUUUGCACAAGCUGGGGAUCAUUUAUCGCGACAUCAAACUGGAAAACAUUCUUCUUGAUUCACAAGGCCACAUUGUGUUGACGGAUUUCGGACUUAGCAAGGAAUUCCUUCCACAUGAAAAGAAUGCCAGGGCUUAUUCGUUUUGCGGUACCAUUGAAUACAUGGCCCCCGAGAUUGUGCGAGGUGGAGGCGCAGGCCAUGAUAUGGCUGUCGACUGGUGGGGCGUUGGAGUGCUAACAUACGAGCUGCUAACAGGUGCCUCUCCGUUUACAGUCGAAGGAGAGAAAAACAACCAACAGGAGAUUUCCAGACGGAUUUUAAGCAUCCAUCCACCAAUUCCAGAGGAUUUGUCGAUUGAAGUGAAAGACUUUAUUGGACAGCUGCUUACCAAAGAUCCAAGUCGUCGACUCGGCGGCGGAACAUCAGAUGCCGUAGAACUUAAAGAACAUUCCUUUUUUAGAAAUCUUAACUGGGAAGAAGUUGGCAAAAAAAUGGUACGUGCGCCAUUCAUACCUCGGAUCGCCGACGAACUGGAUGUCAGCAACUUUGCCGAGGAAUUCACUGGAAUGGCUCCAACCGACUCUCCGGCAAUAGUUCCUACCAAUGUUGAUAAAAUCUUCAAGGGUUACUCAUACAUAGCCCCGUCAAUUCUCUUCACGGACAACAUUAUCAGUGAAGAUUUAUUCGCCCUGUCAGCCGACAACAAACCCACGCUUUCAAACAUAAUUGGAGCCAGAUUUAAGAACUCGACGUUCUUCCUUCAUUAUCACAUGGAUUUACGAGAACAAGCGCUUGGCGAUGGCAGCUUCUCUAUCUGUCGGCGCUGCGUUCACAAAGCGAGCGGUCAAGAAAUGGCGGUCAAAAUCGUCUCCCGUCGUGUCGACUGCAGCCAAGAGAUUAACUUACUGCGUGCCUGCCAAGGUCAUCCCAACAUCGUACGCCUUCACGAUGUCUUCUACGACGAGGCGCACACAUACAUCGUCAUGGAAUUGCUGAAAGGGGGAGAGCUACUUCAGCGCAUCCGGCAGCAGAAACAAUUUACGGAAUCGGAGGCUGCACGCAUAUGGCAGAAAUUAGUUGCGGGGGUUCAACACGUUCACUGCAAAGGCAUCGUUCAUCGCGAUUUAAAGCCAGAGAAUCUGUUAUUCGAGAGUGCGGAUGAGAACGCCGAACUGAAAAUCGUGGACUUUGGAUUCGCUCGCCUGAAACCCGAGCCGCAGAAGCUCUUGAACACACCUUGCUUCACGCUGCAGUACGCUGCGCCGGAAGUGCUUAAAACGGUGUUGGUACCCAAAGAUGGCCGCUACGAAAGCGGUUACGACGAAAGCUGCGAUUUGUGGAGCCUGGGUGUCAUUCUGUACACGAUGCUCUGCGGUCGAGCACCGUUUCACUCCAACAGUCGAGAGGGUAACGCCGCAGCAGUUAUGCAACGCAUUAAAACGGGCGACUUUGAUUUCGACGGGGAAGCAUGGAAGCACGUCUCUUCCAAGGCGAAAAAUGUUAUACAAGGUCUCCUGACAGUUGAUCCCAAAAAGCGAUUAACCAUCAAGGAAGUGAUCAACUGCAGUUGGUUAAUGCCGAGAAAUCGUGAGUCUCCGUUUGGCUUCCCGUCGCUAAUGACUCCUGGCAUUCUAUCCAUUCGCUCUUUCCCAAAGGCCACUGAACUGGCCGUCAAACAAACCAUCGAUGCCUUCCACAUGGCUGCCAGGGAGGGAUUUCGGUUACAGGAUGUGUGCAACGCACGACUGGCCCAACGUCGCAAAGCCAAACGGCCAUCCAAUGACGCAAGAAGCAUUUCAACUUCCAGCAGUUUCUCAUCCAGUUCUUCAGGCAAUUCGUCAAUGAGGACGGCCAGCAAAGGGGAAGGUUCGGCCUCUUGGUCUUCGGUUGGCUUCACUCCGCGCAAGAUGACUUCUGAAGAUGAUAACGUGUUCAGCUUCCGCGAAGCUCGUGUCCAAGAGUAUUUGUCCAGUUUGUCGGAGGCAGAGUCUUCGAGUCGCGACUCGUUCCACAAGGCACAAGAGAAAGAGGAAUCUUUUUCCAUCAAGAAUAGCUGGGGCAAUCGUAUCUGUGAUAGUCUUUCCUCAGUUAUUGAAAAUCAAGUGACGGCUGCUGCUGCUGCUGCUCGUACGCAACAAGAUUUGAGCCUGCCGGGACCAAGUAACAAUGAGAGCAUCCUCCUUUCGCCAAUCUCGUUGUCGACGAGGUCUAAACGGAGGCAGCCGUAUAAAAUGUCGUUGCCCUCCAACCCGCCAGGCCAAGAUGGCGAGGCCAAUUGCGAAGAUGAAGAUGCCUCCUCGUCGGCGACGACGCACCGCAAGCAGGAUCAUCAAGAAUGUUCUGGAACAGCGACAGAAGUUUUCGAACGUCCAUUAACGCGAGCCCGCAAGCGCAACAUGGCUCGAGUCUGCGAGAUUCAACCUCAUAUUCAACCCACGCCCAAGCGACGGAAGAAUUUCUAAACAAAAGAAGAAAAGAAAGAUGUAUAGACAGAUGAGACGCCUAAUCAGUUUUGCCUAAUCCAAUUUCGUUUGGAAAUGACUGUCAGUUGAGAAAAUGUUACAAAUUUUGUUUUUUUAUAAAAGAAACGCUAUGUAUUUUUCGGUUAGGAUCGCGGCGGUCAGGUGUGCUGUAGAUAUAUACCAAUUUGCUUUUUUUAACUUUCCUUUAUAACGAUACAGGAACCUGUACAUAUAAGAAUGGCAAGCGUCUAUCAUAGUCCGUGAGCGUGUCAACCGUCUUGUGCGCGUAUAUGCAAAUCGUUCGUCAACAUUCUGUCUCUAGUCAGUCGGAUCUGAGCCUUAUGUGCGUUAGCCGUGGUAAUGCUGUAUCUCUGACACAGAGUUUGGAAACGACAGUGUAUACCUAUGUAUUCCAUAGGGGUUUGUUCGGCUUAGUAGUGCCUUAUUAAGAGAAUUUUAUAUCACAUCGACAGGGGCUGAAUGUAACGUACAACACGCUGCUGCUGAGUGACUGGGAGGCUUGAGCCGUUUUCCUUGAGAGAUUUCGUUUUAUUUUUCAAGUUAUUCCGAAGGCCGUCGGCUCACUACGAGACAAAUUCUUUCAUAUAAAUAUAGGCGUCAAAACGUCCUACACUAGUCCUCAUCAAGCACCUUGUUUUACAUUCAAAUCGGCUUUGAUUCAAUGUGAAAUUUGUUCGACGAAAUGCGUUCCUUUCAUCUCUUCCCCCACUCCAUCCAUUUGAUCUAGAUGGAUUUUUUUUUCAAGUUGAAAAGCCUUUGAAUUUCAUGGCCAAGUUCAUGGCUAGCGUGAGAAACUCUUUCUCUCUAUGCCUUUAAUGCGUUCUACGGGUCGUUGAGCCGGAGAGUAGUUUUUACCAAAAAGAUACAAAAAGAAAAGUAUGGACACAUCGUAAAACAGAUUGAAAAAUUAUGCGAUCCAUUGACUUACGCGAAAACUCCUCACAUUCUCGCAAAUUCAGAGUAGCUAAUUCGAAAUGUCUGCGCGUCACUUGUUAGAAAAUAAUUGUGUGUGUGUGUUUCGUUUGAAAACCAAAUAGUGCUUCUAAUACCAACAAGUGACAUAAGUUACUAGUUGCGUGAGCAAGGCAAUUUGACAUUGUUCACUCGCUGUUCAUAUUCGACGAGAUUCGGCUUUUUAUUCCGACGACAGUUUGAUUUAAACACGACCGCGCUUAGAAAUAAAACGCUGUUCAUGACAAAUAACAACAUGCAUUUGGUUAGCAAUUUAUGAUGAGACAUUUGAAAACGGCCGUAAGACCCGAAUUUGUUUGUCAUUAACAUUUGUUAGAUUUUCAACAUUACGUGUUGCAUGUAUUGAUUAUUGAAUUGAUAAUUUGACCGAAAUUAUUUUGAUUUUUGUGAAGACAAGAUGGCUGUAACCAAGUCUGAAUUAUGGGAAUAUUAUAUAUAUACAGUACUACAAUGA